UAAUGCUUUGACAUCUUGGAUCAGCUGUUGGUCAGGUGAACACAGAACGGCGCUAUGAAUGAAGAGCAGUGAAGAAGGGGCUACAAUAGAGGGACAGCGAAAGGAUCCGUGUCAUGAUGGUGCUCGUAUUGAUUGUCGCAGGUCUUGGGGUGGUCGCACUGCUCAUGGUUUUAUUCGCACCCCACAUUAGGAAAUACUCAGCAGGUGGAGCAUGUAUGUCUAUGACUCGGCUGGACGGGAAGACGGUCCUGAUUACUGGAGCCAACACUGGUAUUGGGAAGGAGACUGCUCUGGACCUGGCUAUCAGAGGUGCGAGGGUGAUCAUGGCGUGCAGGGAUGUGGAGAAGGGUGAGGCGGCCGCAGCAUCGAUACGACGCAUCUACUCUAAGGCAAACGUAGAGGUCCGAGAGCUAGACCUGGCUGAUACCAGCUCCAUACGGGCCUUUGCUCAACACUUCCUCCGAGAGGUCAACCACCUCCACAUCCUGAUCAACAAUGCUGGGGUCAUGAUGUGUCCCUACAUGAAGACCAAGGACGGUUUCGAGAUGCAGCUGGGGGUCAACCACCUGGGUCACUUCCUGUUGACGUACCUCCUGAUUGGCCUGCUAAAGCGGAGCGCUCCGGCCCGCAUCGUCGUGGUUUCUUCCCUGGCUCAUAACUUUGGCUGGAUCCGCUUCCAUGACCUCCUCAGCCAGGGCAGCUACAACAGCGGCCUCGCAUACUGCCAGAGCAAGCUGGCCAACGUCUUGUUUGCUAGGGAGCUGGCCCGCAGACUCAAAGGUUCCAGUGUGACGGUGAACUCUGUCCACCCGGGGUCGGUGUGUUCAGACCUGGUACGCCACUCCACCAUCAUGUCUCUGCUGUUCUCUCUGUUCUCCUUGUUCCUGAAGAGCCCUCGGGACGGGGCCCAGACAUCCAUCUACUGCGCUGUGGCAGAGGAGCUGCACUCUCUCACCGGGAAACACUUCAGUGACUGUGCCCCGGCCUUCGUGGCACCCCAGGGGAGGAAGGAGGAGACAGCCAAGAAGCUGUGGGACGCCAGCAGUGAGCUCCUGGGCAUCGUCUGGGACGACUGAUCUGAACCACCCUGUUAACACUAUCCACAGCUUGCAUCGCCAAGUGCACACUAUUCCCUUUAUAGUUCACUACUUCUGACCAGGACCCACAACCUUGUUCCCUGUCUCCAUUGCUUCCGCAUAGGAAAGAGCCGGCUAGUAGACAAAAUUAGGGCCCACGGGGCUCUGGUCAAAAGUAGUGAACUAUACAUUAGCGCUCACACUAUAUAUAAGGUGCCAAAGGUGACGCAACUAGGCUCUCUGUUCUCAAAUCAUUAUCAUUUCAUUACAUUAAUUAACCUCAAAACUACAGUUAUCUCACAAUGGGACUUGAGGAAUUGGGUAGGAACCAUAGAGGUUGAAAGACGCUGUAAUGGCACAGAGAUGAGUCCUCUAUGGUAGUAACUGUAAAAUGAGUCCUCUAUCUAUCUCUAUGGUCGUAACUGUAAGGUCAAAUGCAUUACUGUACUGUGAAGGGUCUAGUCAGGGCAUAACCAGGUCUAGCCAGGACAUAACCAGGUCUAGCCAGGACAUAACCAGGUCUAGCCAGGACAUAACCAGGUCUAGCCAGGACAUAACCAGGUCUAGCCAGGGCAUAACAAGGUCUAGUCAGGGUAUAUUACAAACCGUUUGUUUUGUAUCUUAUUAUAUUACAAACCAUGUAGAUUCAGCGUUAUGUUUGGUUGCUUUUAAGCUUGCCUUUUCUAAACCAUGUAGAUUCAGCGUUGUGUUUGGUUGCUUUUAAGCUUGCCUUUUCUAAACCAUUGCAAGCUGUUAUUUACCCUCCUGUUUGUUUGAUCCACUUCUUUCCUCCUCAGCAUUCAUGUUAAACUGCCAAGAUUGUCUUUUUUAUACAAAUGUGAAACAUGCCUUUUUCUACAUUUUAGGGUUGGAAGAUUCCUGAAAUUAUGAAGGAACAGAAAGGAAAUCUGGGAAUCCUCCAACCAGGAAUUCUGGAAUUUGUGGAAAUUUUUCAGAAAUGUGCAACCCAACUACAAAAGCAGUCAUGUCAGGAGUUGAAUGUUUACAUCUACUGUAAAUAAAGAUUAAAUGUUACUAGCUACUAUU